UGUCUUUAACGGGUACCCGUAGUAACACCGGAAGUCGUGCAUCCGUGCUACAGCAGAGAGCGUGUAACUCACUUUUUCCUGACUUUUCUGUGAUAUUUAUUUAUAUCUGAUUAAAUUUGUAUUAUCAUAUAGACAUAUUAUGGCUGGAAGUCGACUUGAGAAAUUCGGGACUGUAUUUACGCGGGUUCGUGAUUUAAUGCGAGCUGGAGUCAUCAAGCACGAGGAAAGGCCAAUCUGGUUUGAUGUGUAUGCUGCUUUUCCUCCAAAGAGAGACCCUCUCUAUGAGAAACCUGUGAGACCACUGAAGAUACAUGCAGCAGAUACCGUACCUGAAAUAUUAUACAAAGAGGAUGAAAUACGAGCGAAGUUCUUUGAGGUUUAUGGUAAUGGACCUAGAGCUUUUGAGCUCCUCAAGCCCAACUUUGUAUCACCAUGUCAGAGGUUUGUUAUGAAGUACAGUGAAUUAGAAAGCAGGGGGGAUGUCAAACCUGAGCUGCUGUUUGAAGAGACCGCAAAAGCGCUGCUCACAGAGGGCAUUUAUUUAAAAAAGAGAGGAGGACCUGCGCAGGUGGCACCACAGUCUCGGGACCCUUUGCUGAACAUGAAGUUGACUGACAUGUUGGCAGAGCAGCAAAGAGACACAGACACAGAGACAAAUAUUCCAGAGAAACAGCCAGAGGCAGAGACGGUGAACCCUGACAGACAGACAUCGUCAUAAAUGUCCACUUCUCCUCUGUUAGGACAACAUAAACUGCACCUGCCUCUAGCACAUCAAUGUGCUGGUCAGUCAUGCAUUUUGACGCAUCAAACACUGGGACACAGAUAUAAUUUGUACAGUUGUGGACACUAUGUAAACCCACAUGUGUCAAAUGAGUGAUGUUGAAGACAUGUUUGCAUAAUCAAAAUGGCUUUGGCUUGAGGUCUUUAUAGCCAAGCAGCUGGGGUUUAGUGAACGACUUUAUAAUACAGAUCUAGCAAGUGUUUCAUUUCUGUGAAAAGUGUCUAAUGUCUUGUGUAAUAAAAUACGUGGAGUGUUUAAUGAAAGUACUUUCAAGUCCAUUAACGCCAGGAGUGGAAAAGCAUUUGCGUUGUGAAUACUCAAUAAAGUGUUAUAUUUCCAA